GGACUCGUAACGGUCUACCUGGCACUACUCAACGGAUAACGCGAGUAAGGUUAACGUUGGAUCACCAGGCUCGACUCCUACUCCACUCCCGUGCCUCUAGGCCUGGUGACAAAGGAUCUAUCCCAUCAUCCUGUUGGGUUGGGUUGGGUUGGCUACUUGGCGGGAGCGGCGGCAGUGCCAUAACUAAGGACGAUUCCAGGUUAAACCAAGUUUCACUUCUGUAGAUGCUGCACGCGUGACCGCCUUGUUGUUGUUUAAACAGUGUCCCGUGCGGUCGGCACUCUGCAGUAUCUCUCUGCAAGCUCACCACUGGCCCAUCUCACUGCAGCUGCCCCAGUAAACAAUGCAUCCCCCACCUUGUGAAGGGUCCUGUCGCUGGGGUCAUUACAUCAUUCCUGACAUGGGCGUCUUACCAUGGCUCACCUCCAAAUCUUCGCUUGAAUUCCAUCCUACCAAAGCAUUUUAGGUCCAAUUUCACUUUCAGCUUUGGCCAUUGAGGCUGUGGUUCAUCUCCAAGAUUAUAAUGCACCCAUUCACCUUACGUACUGGGCUCCGGCCUUUCCGUAACAAAGCACAGACGAUACCUCGUUCAUUCCAGCGAGCCUUAAUCUCUUCGACGACAUCGCGACAAGCCAAGAACCAGAUAUACGCCCCUAUCCGCAACAAUGACUCUUUCUCAACCUACCUUUCACUCUCGACGUCGUCCCGGAACCCCCUGCUGACCCUGUGGACCGCCUCAUGGUGCUCAACCUGCAAAGUUGUAAGCCCUCUCAUCAGAGAUCUUGUUGAGUCUGGCGUUGGCGAGGAGGAGGGUGGAGUGUCUCUCGCGACUGUUGAGUUUGAUUCUCCGGAUAUCAUGUCAGGAAGUCACAACUUAGCUAUGACUUACAUGAUCACCAGCAUUCCCACGCUCUUAAGUUUCGAUAGCGGGGAGGCACAAACAACGACCAAGGUAUCAGAUGCCAGAAAGCUCGCGGACAGGGAAUUUCUGAAGGAAUGGAUCCGAACUGAAGCCAGAAGACAUGGUGGCCGUGGAGGAGGGGGUGGUGGUGGUUCGUCUGUCUUUGGAGGUCUGUUUGGCAAAUAGGGCAACACCAAAACUCUACAAUUAUUUGUAUAAUAGACGCGAUUCCGGGAUAUUUUCUGCCUUCUGAACCAUGCCAACAAUAUCACAGCCAGAUAUCUAUAGGGCCCACGACAUCAAUAACACCCAUCACAAAUGCUUGAGCAGCAUCAUCACGUCGGACUGGGAGACAGGCAUCUGUGGCCUAAAAUCUACUCCCUUCAAAUAGUGGAAAUACUCGUCAUUGCUCGCUCUCGGUCACUUCUCCCCGAUGAAGAUCAAGUUCAGGAAGAGAAUUAAAUUUGACGUUUGUGUGUACGGCCAAUACCAAAUAUCAAGUGCCAUUCUCAAGAAUAAUGCAGGCCUGGCCCAAUGAAGCCCGUCACAUACCUCCCAUGGUACUGCUCUUCCAGGUUAAUGUAUUCGCUUCCUUGAACAUUGGAUGUUGUUGUUAGGCCGAACGAAAACUGUCGAUUCAAACGAAGCCUUGCCCGUUGUGUGAGGUCCUAGAAUUCAUGAACAAAUUCGUGUGUCAUACGCAAGUCACUAGCGG